CAAAAAAAACGAAUGGCUUCUAAAAAAGAGUACAAGGUUGUGUUUUACGCAAAAAAGUACGCAUUGUUUGAGAAACACUGCGCAGCGGAUAUUGCUUUUAGUGAGGUUUCGCAAGAGAGUCAAGUUACAGAGAAAGUAUUCAUCCUGGCAGAAAUCUAACGGGGCGGUGAGCUGUCACUGUGGACAAACGAGGAGGAGCUCCCGGAAAAAGUCUCCAUGAUUCAACUUCCUCCAGAUAUUAAUGGGCGUUGCCUUUUCAACUUCUCUGAAAGGUGUGGCGAUCUGAAAUUCCUCUGACAUCAAUCCUGUCCUCUCGCUUCGGUUGAGACUUUCCUCUACAACCACAACUAUGUCUGUUUGGGACGACCUGGACCUGCUCUUAGACUCCCCCUCCUCUCUGACUGUGACAUCCAGUGCAAGAGGAACUGUGAAGGACAAGGCGAACUUCAAAGUGGAAGAUGAUGUGUCUGCACUGAGGAAGGCCAUAGAGGGCAUCGGUACGACAGAAAAGACACUAAUUGAGGUGUUGACCCAAAGCAGUAACGCUCAGCGUCAGCUCAUUGCUAAAGCCUAUGAGAAAGCCACAGGAAGGACGUUAGCAGCCGACCUGGAGGGAGACACUCACGGAGACUUCGAGGACUUGUUGGUGGCCUUGGUGACGCCUCCUGCUGUCUACGACUGUCAUGAAAUCAUCAAAGCCAUCAAGGGUGCAGGGACCACAGAGAGUACACUGACGGAAAUCUUUGCCUCGAGAUCCAAUAGACAGAUCAAGGCUAUUUCUGAGGCAUACCUUGCAGAAACUGGAAGAUCGAUGAUUCAUGAUCUGCAGUCGGAGGUGGCUGGAGAUUACGGCAAAGCACUGUUCAUCUUGGCUGAGGGGAAGAGAGACGAGAGCACCAACGUGGAUGCUGCUAAAGCUAAAGCAGAUGCUAAGGCCCUGUAUGAAGCAGGGGAGAAGAAGUGGGGAACCGACGAGGGGAAGUUCAUUGACAUCCUGUGCCACAGGAGUAUUCCCCAGCUCCGACAGACUCUGGUCGAGUACAAGAACAUUAGUAAGAAGACUCUGCAGGAGAGCAUUGAGAGCGAGAUGUCUGGAGACCUGGAGGAGCUGCUGGUGGCUGUAGUUAAGUGUGUGAAGAACGUUCCUGCAUACCUUGCUGAGAGGCUUUUCAAGGCCAUGAAGGGUUUGGGGACCACAGAGUCCACUCUGACCAGAAUACUGGUCAGUCGCUCAGAGAUCGACCUGCUGGACAUCAGAGCCGAGUACAAGAAGCUGUUCGGAUGUUCCCUUUACUCCCAGUUAGAGUCUGAAGUGUCGGGCAGCUACGGUGACGCCCUCAAGCAUCUAUGUGGUCAACAAGACUAACUCCUCCCGACUGACAAACGUGGUUUGAAGAGCAGCUUUGCCCGAGAGCAGCUAGCAAGAACUGCAUCUAAUGAUGAGGAUGACCUUUCCAAUACACAUCAUACUGAUGCAUUAGCUUGAAUUUAGCCCUAACAAUGGCUGGAACUAACCAUCUAGAAAUGCUUCUUUAUGUGGAAUUCCAGUAAGUGCUGUGCAGAUUAAGUGAUUAACAAACAAACACUUAGGAAGAAGCGGCUCUUCGUGAUAUGAGGAUGCUGAUUAAAGUGUCUGUAUUUCAUGUGACUGA